GUAGCGUUUAUCUCUGAUUACAAUAUCUUACUGAACAAAACGUGAUGCCCCAAAGUUUUGUUUGCCACAGAGCUUAUUUUGAGCAAAAUUCACAAAUCCAGUUCGAAGAUCUCGCAGGUUUUUUGUGGAGAGAACCAGGGCGAUGCUAACAUCUGGGUUAGACUACAGAAAUACAUCAUGGCUACACCACUCAAUGUUUGGAGUAUGAAUUCAUUCCAGUGGCAAAUCCUUAUAUAUCCCAUGUUAAAGUCCAGGAUCUGUCAAAUAACAAUGAUUUUGUUUAUGUUUGUUUAUCUAUUUAUUUGCCUGUCUGUUGAGUGCAAGUGCCAGAGUUAGCUCUAAUUGAAUUUAAAUUUGCAGAAAAAACAUCUCUGUUGACAAAAUGAUCACUACAGUAUGAAACAAGCUCACUUGUUACAGAUCAAUACAUAUUUGUUACACAACAUCAGCAACAUCAACCACAAGAAUAUGAUUCAGUAACAGUAAAACACUACAAAUAUGUUGGAAUAUCAAUAUAAAGCAGAUAUCUGAGGAUUGUUUUACAGCUGGAUGUGAGUGCAUGUCUCUCUGUGCGAUUUUCCUCUCUCUGUGCAUGUGUCCAUGCGCGCGCGCAUGUGACAUCAUUGAUGGGAUUGGCUCCGCUGGCUGGGGUGGGAGAGUCUCCUCCACAGGCUACAGAGGGAGAAGGAGAGGAGUGAGGGACAGAGGGAAGAGUUUCCAUCAGCCACGGAGCUCAGCGCAGUGCCACCUCCACUCAGAGAGAGCCACGCCCCGGGGGACAAGAGGGGACUGUGGCCCCGCAAGUGCCCAAAAAGCUCCUGUUAUGGAAGGGGGAGUGGACGCUGGAGAGGAGUUGUAGUCUGGUUACAGGUUGCCAUGAUGAAGUUCGGGAAGAGCAUCUGUGUGCUCAACGUGGGGGGGACCCGGUACGCCUUCACCCGUGAGGUGAUCAGGGAUUUCCCUCUCCGGCGCGUCAGCCGCCUGCAUGCCUGCGCAACCGAGAAAGAGGUCCUUGAACUGUGCGACGACUACGACCGGGACCGGAAUGAGUUCUUCUUCGACCGCCACGCUCAGGCUUUCGUGUUCAUCAUGCUGUACGUGCGCUCCGGCAAACUCCGCUUCGUCCCCGGAGUGUGUGAGCUGUCCUUCUACACGGAGAUGCUCUACUGGGGGCUGGAGAGCGCGCACUUGGACUCUUGCUGCCAGAAGCGUUUGGACGACAGGAUGUCCGAGAUCGGACUGGACACUCUGUCCGAGGAUGAGAUGAAAGUGUCGGGGGAUGAGCCCCACAGCCCGGGCGAUCCGGUGCCACGGACUGAGCUCACGGGUCGCGCCAAAUGGCUCGAGAAGAUGCGCAUGGCGUUCGAGGAACCCAACUCCUCGGUCGGGGCGCAGCUUCUGGCUUCUGUGUCCGUGAUCUUUGUUAUCGUCUCUAUGAUCAUGUUGUGUGCCAGCACCCUGCCGGACUGGGACACGGCCAAGAAGACCACUGUGGAGGAACACAGGAUAGUUGAGGCUGUGUGUAUCGGCUGGUUCACAGCAGAGUGCGUCGUGCGCUUUCUGGUGGCCAGAAACAAGUGGGACUUCCUCCGCCGGCCCCUCAACAUCAUCGACGUGAUUGCCAUCACCCCCUACUAUGUCACCAUGGCGUUGGCCCGUGCAGGGAUGCCAGGUGCCGGCCUCGGGGUUGCCGGGGUGAUCCUGCGGGUGCUGAGGAUGAUGCGGGUGUUCUGGCUCAUGAAGCUCGCCAGACACUUCCUGGGCCUGCAGACACUGGGGCUGACGCUCACACGCUGCUACCGGGAGAUGGUCAUGCUGAUGGUGUUUGUCUGCGUUGCCAUGGCGAUAUACAGUGCCCUGGCCCAGCUGCUGGAGCACGGAUUGGAUUUGGGGACGCAGAACCCGGAUUACGCCAGCAUCCCGGCUGCAGCCUGGUGGGUCAUUAUUUCCAUGACGACGGUGGGGUACGGGGAUGUGUAUCCUGUGACAGUCGGGGGACGGGUGCUCGGGGGAAUGUGCGUGGUGAGUGGCAUCGUUCUCCUGGCACUGCCCAUCACGUUCAUCUACCACAGUUUUGUACAGUGCUACCACGAACUCAAGCUGCGCUCUGCCAGGUGUGCACGCAGCCUAGCGCCGGAUAUACUGAAGUGAACAGGCAUUCAUGGCUCCAGACAAAAACUCAACAAACCAGUGGACCCGCUGCUCCCAUUGUGAAAUAAUGAGCCUCCACCAGAAAGAAACUCGACAAACCAGUGGCUCUGCUGAUCGCUCUGUGAAAUAAUGGUCAACUCUGUGCCGUGCCCUGUUUCCUGCCUGAGCUGCACCUGAUUUUAUUUGGUCGCUCCAGUUCCUGCCUGUUGUGCUGAUGAUCAGUCUUCAAACCAGCAUGCUCUGCAUGGGCAGAAGAAUAGAAAAUACACAAAUAAUUAUUUAUUAAACACGCACAGGCGCAGUCUAACCAGUGGCUUCUGUUUACACUGUAUCCCCAUGGUUACAACAUUGGCAGAGACAGCUGCUUUUUCUUUUUUUGUGUGAUACAUCGAAUGCUCUGUGUGUGCGAGUCUGCGUGUGUGUUUGUCUGGCUGUCAGCCUUUCACUUUGUCUAAGCCUUGCACCCAGAUGGUACAAGUUACACAAGAUUGAUGUGUGACCUAGAUGCAUUCUGUUAAACCUGUGAAACAGAGAAAAAGGAGUGAACAAGUGGGUGCCGGGGGGGCUGUUGGUGUGCAGGAGGGGCUUAAGCCAAGGAUAAUGAAAUAUGGAGACAGGUCACCGAGGAAUACGAGGUGUCAGACAAAUAAAAGGUAGACAGAUAUGACACAGGAGACGCAGCGUGAAGUGGAGAAUUAAAGAUUGUGGGACAAAAAUGACAGCAAUGGCAGAGCGUGGAGCGAGCCUGCACACGAGGACUGAAUAGAUGAAGAUGAAGCGUGCGUUCUGCUUCUCCAUUUGCGCCAGAAUGCAAGGCAUUUUGUAUUUCUGCGUCUCCAAGGCAACCACAUCCUCCAACACGUCAAUCACGUCGGUGGCUGAUUGUUGUGCACACAAAUAGGCCACAUGCGCGCAUACACAUCUCCUGGCUUGGAAGGCAGCGUUUUUUUUUUGUUUUUUUUUUUUGUUCUGAAAUUCUUGGUCGAAAUUACCUCUCGUAUAGCUGAAAUUCCUGAAAAGCAAAAGAGACAAAAAAAAAAAAAGAAAAGUAGUGGAUGUCACAGAUGACGGCUCUGACAUUCACGAUUCAGACAUGUCUGCCUUGUCCAUGGGCUGCCAAGAUGAUAUGAUUUGUUGAGGAGACACAUGAUCCAAACAAACAAGUCAACACCUCUCCCACACAACAGUCUUUCUCUGCAUCUCCUCUCCUCUUCCUCCUGUUGCCAUCAACCAUCUUCCUUUACACACACAUACACACACAUGCUGAGUCCUUGCUCUUCUUUUGCAAAGGAAAUUAAAUAAUUAACGAGUCUGCUCAUUAUCUGUCUGUCCCCACAUUUGUUAUCUCCUCAUACACCUCGCAGCCUUGUAUGAGUUUAGUAUGUAUUGUAGACAGUACAUAUCUCAGUAUCCUUGUUGUUGUGUUAGCAAUGUGCUUUUUAAGUAGUCAACCAAAAAAGUGAAAGAUAAUCCAUAUUUUAUCACCCUCCCCUCAGCUCAUAAUUCCCCAACUCGUAGCAUUGCUUAUGGCCCAGUGAAUUCUGGCCGGGCCUGAUUGAAACCAUCAAUCAGAAAACUUUUUCAUUAGUAGACUAGGAACUUGUAAUUAAUGUGAUCAAUGUCUGAGCUUUUAUAAUAAAAUUACUCCGAGCAAAA